AUGACAGAGCAGAGCCUCGCCAGUGGUGGUAAACCGUGGCUUCUAACAGGCAUCGGCCAGCUGCCCAAGAUCGUCGUGACUGCCGCUGCCGCCUACGAAGACGUGUUUAAAACACAGUUUGACGUGUUCGUACGCGGUCCGGGUGAGACGGUGUUGGAAGUCUUGGGCGAGGGCAUCUUCAACGUGGACGGUGACAAGUGGAAGCACCAGCGUCGCGUCACGAGCCACCUCUUCUCCAUGCACAUGCUCAAGGACUGUAUGAACGCCGUAGUUCGUGAGAAGACCGUCAAGCUUCGUGAUGUACUCGCCAUGUGUGCUGAACGAGGAGACUCCGUGAGUAUGAAGUCGCUGCUCAACAAAUACACUGCCGACACGUUCACGCGCAUCGGCUUCGGCGUGGAACUCAACGGCCUUGACGAGCCUGUGGACGUCGAUACGACGCAGCCAUUGGACGCUGCUCUUCGGGUAGUGCAGACUCGACUUCAGAGUCCUGUGUGGCUCUGGAAACUCCGUCGCAAACUCGCGACGUCUGAUACGCCACACAGGGAUCUGAUGACACUCAUGCUGCAGUCUGGAGACUUCACGGACGCCCGUGAGAUCCGCGACGUCGCUGUCAACUUCUACGCGGCGGGUAAAGACACCACCGCCUUCAGUCUGUCGUGGUUCAUCGUCAUGAUGAAUCGACACCCUCUUGUUCUCUGUAAGAUCCGCGAAGAAAUACGUCGCGUGGCCCCGGGAUUGUUCGUGGGUGAACUGGACACGCCAACACUGGAACAACUGCAACAAAUGACGUAUCUGGAGGCAGCGUUGAAGGAGAGCUUGCGUCUCCACUCACUCGCCGUCUAUCGUCUUGCCAAUCGAGACACGACGAUGUAUGACGGCACGUUCGUCCCUAAGGGAGCACGUGUGGUCUUCUCAAUGUACGGAUCAGCUCGUCAACCGACGGUGUGGGGCGCUGAUGCUGCCGAGUACAGACCAGAGCGCUGGAUCGACGAGAAGACUGGGAAGAUGAAGACCAUCUCGUCGUUCCAAUUCGUCACCUUUAGUGCCGGUCCGAGACAAUGCAUCGGUAUGCUUUGGCCAUGA